GCGGCGGAGCGGCGCAUCCUUGGCGCUCGCAGCCACAGCGGCAGGAGGGGCAGCAGCAGCAUCACCGUCGCGGCGGGACAGCAUCAGACGGGCAUGGGGACGGCGCUGGCGGCGCGGCUCGGCCUGGGGCUCCUGCUCCUGGCCCUCCUCCUUCCCACGCAGAUCUACUGUGAUCCCGCUGGAACAAGUCCAACACCUUCAAACUAUUCUUCAGCAAGUUCCACUUCUCUGUCAACUGUGACAAAUUCAGUGAACAUUACCACCAGUCACGGACAUGGAAAUUCUCUUCACUCAACCACAAGUCUUUUUUUCAUUCUCCCUGUUUCUCUUCUGUAUUUUUGCUGUUAAGAGACUCUGGCAUGGAAAUGGCUACUACUCUCCACCCUGUUUCCUGAACCAUCUGAGAUGGCUAGAUCUCUAACCCAGCAUGAGAAUAAAUCAGUCCAAAAUCCACACCAAAACAGCUUGGUUCCACUCCAUACUCAAAUUAGUACCAGUCUGACCUAGAGAAGCACUCAGUAUUCUGACUUUCCAAAGCUGACCAGUGCAAAAAGACCAGCUUCGGCAAGGAGGUAAAAUGAUGAGCUCUUUCACCAAAUGAGUUGGAAUUCUGAAAAACAAGAUGGAA